AAAAACGUCUCAGCUAAAACAGAAAAAACACACACAAAGCUGAGAAAGCCUAUGAUUGUGUUACAGCGAGAGCAGUUAAGGGCAUGAACACACAUAGACGGAUAGAAAAAAAUCAAUUCUGUCAGAUAAAGUAAGACGGGCGUGAAGACAGGGGAAGGAGAAGUGGGAGAGACAGAACAGAGAGGUGUAAGGGCUUUGCUUCUGCACUCGGAACAUGUCUCUUAAUGGAAAGGUGGCUCUUGUAACAGGGGGUGCGCAGGGCAUUGGAAGAGCCGUGGUCGAGAGACUACUGCAGAGCUCAGCUAAGGUGGCUGUGGUCGACCUCAACAAGGCAUGUGGGGAAGAGAGCAAGACAGAGCUGGAUGCUAUGUUUGGAGAGGGCAACUGCUACUUUAUCCCAUGUGAUGUGUCCAAUGGCGAUGCACUGAGAGAUGCAUUUCACAGGACGGUAGACCAAUUUGGUCGUCUGGACAUCGUUAUCAACAACGCCGGCAUCAACAAUGAAAAGAACUGGGAAAAGACCAUACAGGUCAAUCUGACCUCUGUUAUUAAAGGGACAUACUUGGCACUUGAACAGAUGAGUAAAGAGUACAAGAAAGAAGGAGGCGCCAUUAUCAAUGUCUCCUCAAUGGCAGCCUUCGUGCAUUCACCUCACCAGCCUGUCUACACUGCUACUAAACAUGGAGUCAUUGGCUUCACUAGAGCUAUGGCAGAUGCAUCCUCUCUGGGAAACUACGGUGUUCGUAUUAACGCCCUGUGUCCGGCCUUUGUUGACACUCCUCUGCUGCACUCAGUUGAACAUGAGGAUAACAUGGGAAAGUUUGUCAAGUUCAAGGAUGAUGUCAAACGCAGCAUGAUCAAAUUUGGAGUUUUACAGCCAUCGUUCAUAGCAGAGGGCAUGAUGAGGUUGAUUAUGGACACCACUUUGAAUGGAGCGGUGAUGAAGAUCACCUGCUCAAAAGGAAUUCACUUCCAUACCUACGAACCCAUGUCUGCUUGAGACACGUACUGGAGUUCACACUGCAGUCAGAGCAUCAUUUGGAUUUUCAGGAAAAAAAUAACUUGAACAAUACAUUAUCAUAUAUACAGUACAUAGGCAUACAGGUGUCCAAAUUAAAACAUAAAUUCGAACAAAAUAAUAGUAAUCUGCUGUCCAUCCGAUUUCCGUAAUUGUGUUAAUGAUAUACAUAUGAUAAAUAGGUAAGAAUUAAAUCCAGUGUUUUCGCUCUUACAUAAACUUGGUUUCAAUGUGUUACAGCCAAUAAUUGACAGUGCAUGUUAUCCAACUCACACAAAACCAUUAUGUGAAUUAUUUGUUUAAACAGUAUUAUCAAUAGCAGUAAUAUAACAGGUAGUUUAUUUGUUCUGUGUAUAAAUAUAUAUAUCAAUAUAAAAUAAAUAUUGGACUAUUUCUGCUCCACAUGUCUGGAACAAACUCCCAGAAAGUUGCAGGUCUAAUGAGACUUUCAUCUGCUUCAAAUUAAGAACGAAUACUUUUCUGUUUACUCAAUUGGAUGGAUAAAGUGGAUGCAUUUUACAGUUUAUUUUUAUAAAAUUACAUUCUAUUUUAAGCUUGGUUAUUAUUUUAAUUUUAGUUUUUAAUGUUUAAAUCAAUGCUCUUAACUAUUUUUAAAUUUCCUGUUCUUUUCCCAUUUAUUGGUUUUAUGUAAAGCAUUUAGCAUUGCCUUGUUGUUGAAAUGUGCUACAGUAAUAAACCUGGCUUUCCUAUAA